GAUCCUCCCACUGCGCCGGGCCGCUUAAUUACGAGGCUUGCUCGAGUCUGAGCUACUUAAACAAGCUCCCGGAUGGGAGAGCUCACAGAGUUCAGUAAAGUUCCGUUCUGCUGAAGUUUGCCUAAGUGCAGUGUUGGUUUGUUAGUGAGCUCACUUUCAGUGUUAGUGUGAGUCAUGCAGGUGAACUGGUUGGUGAUGCACCGGAGCGCAGUGCUGCUGCUGCUGCAGGGCUGCCUGAGCGCCACAGAUGGAGGAUGGAGAGAAUUAAAGAACGACGCUACGGAGUUGAUCCCGGAGUACACCGAGCACACAGUACAUCCAGAACACCGACUUCAGUCAUCAAAUAACAACACGAUGAACGAAGCCAAAAACGGGGGCAGGAGGCAGGCAGAUAACAGCCCAACAUAUGAAGCCUCUGAGAUGAGCUGCCGAGAGCUGCGAUCUAACCGCUACAUCACUGAUGGUUCGUGUCGUAGUGCCAAGCCAGUGAAUGAGCUUGUGUGUUCAGGCCAGUGCCUGCCUGCUCACUUGAUGCGCAACUCCAUCCUUCGGAGCAAGUGGUGGCGCAGCAGUUCUUCUGACUUCCGCUGCAUUCCAGCACACUACCGUGUACAUCGUGUACAGCUCCAGUGCCCCAACGGCAAUAGCCGGACCUACAAAAUCCGAGUGGUGACCUCAUGCAAGUGCAAGCGCUUCACCCGACACCACAACCAGUCAGAUGCCAAGGAUCCGACUUCUCAAAGAAAACGGCAAAACAAGAAGCGUGCACGUCUCCAGCAAACACGGAGCCGAAGCAGAGAGCCUACUAUCAGCAGCAACUCAUACUGAGAGGCAGCCCUCCAUGUAUGUGACCUCAUACAUAGACUCUGUCUGUCUCUCUCACACUCACACACUCACAUACAUACAUACACAUACACAACAUUUUGUCCAAUACGCAAGUUCCAGGAAAAGAAGACUAAAUAGAGAUAACAACCUGGCUGAAGUAUGUCUCGGCAUAUUCACUAUUUAAUAAGAUCAGCGAGUCCUUGUGUGUUUCACAAGUUGCAAACUUUGCUUGGUCAAUUGAGCUUGAAUAAUUCCCAAUAACAGUGAUGAUUGACAACAGAAAAAUAACAGAGGACUGUUGGACAUUUGCUUAAAAUAAGGUUUGUAGUUGUGGGAGACCAGUGUAUGGAAUGUGAUGGUUUGUACUGUAUAUUCACAGUAUUCCUGUGGAAAGCUGAUCUAAUUUUCAUGAAGUUCAUUAUAAGUGUGAUCAAGAUGAACAUUGACACCAAAGUUAACAAGCAUAACCAUGACCAAAUCCUACAUCAGCAAAGCUGCAAGCUUAUGGCAGAGGUGAAUGUUUGUAUAGCUGAAAUGAAGUCAUCUCUUUCGGGUGUGCUGUAGCUCAUGAUCCAGCUGUCCAGGAGUGCUGGGCUCAGAAAACGUGCUGCUGGUGACACAUUGCUGAAAUCCAGCAUUCUUAACCCUGGUCACAUGCAAGGAACUCAUCUGACAAGCUGUGGUGCUGAAUUCCCACAGCCUUACCUUACCAGAAGAGACCUUAUAGGAACUGUCAGCUGGAGCCAAGCCCACUGUCAGUGACAGAAAUUGGGAAUAGUUAUGUCAGCACUCUACGAGCUGAGUCUGUUAGGGCCAAGAGCAGCAAACACUGUUCCUCUGUCCUGUCUUAAUUACUAAAUAGACCCAUUCCUGUGUUUAGGAUUUGAGUCAUAAAAAGCCAUUUCCUCUAGACGUGGUCAGUUCCUGUUUGUUGGAAUAGCAGAAAAAGGGGGCCCACAUGCAUGUAGGAAUCCACAACAAUUGUGCCUGUUGUUACCUUAGGGGCAGAGCACUUUACUUCACCGCCCCCGUUCUCUGGAAACCAUUUGGAGCGUUUUGGCCAGUUGGAGUAGCUAAGUAGUGUUAAUGGUUAUCUAAUUGUUAUAACAGUGAGGUUGAAAUGCAAGGACAUUAAAACAACAAUAAGCAUGUAGAACUACAUGUAAUCUCAGUAUACCAUUUAAUUAUAGAUCAUUCUUUAUGUUAUACAAUGUAUAAGCUUUACAAAUAUGCUGUGAAAUGAAUUAGAAAUUGAAUUCUGUUCUGGAUGAAAAAUGACCUGACAGAACGACAAUGUCCUCCAGCGAAGCCGUGAAAACCAGCGUGCCUUUAAUAAUUGGAGCUGCCCAAAGAAUCAAUUUCUCAAACAUCCAUAGGGGAGCUUUAAGAGACAUAAAUGAAAUAGAGGACUGAACUCUGGAUGUAAUCACGUGUUGAUAUUACACAGGAUGUACAGUAGGAGAGCUGUGGAAUCCCAAACCAGACAUUUGCCUGUCACAUCCAAUGCAAGUGUCUCGCCUCCAGUAUAUCUAAUGAAGAAUAUUUCGCUUGUGUCCAGACAUUGUUCAACUCCAGAAUUAUUUCCCUGUGGCUUCCCAUCUCUGUUUUCAAUACAUAACUAACUAUGUUUGCUUCCUUUUUUUCAAUUGUAUGUUUGAAAAACAAACUGGAAGUUUUUUUUACUUGUCAUUUAAACCAAAAUGCCUUGUACAACCAGACCGGAUAUAGUGUACUUACCUGGUCUGUUGGCACAAAUCCCUUCAAACGAGUAUUGCAGGAAGGAUUGCAACCCUCUCCAAUCCUGAAAGAGAUUCCUACAAAGAAUGAACUGUAUAUUUAUUUUUGAAUUUCAACAUUUAAAUUAUUUAUGCAACCUCUUUUUUUAAUAUAAAAUAAUAGCCAUUAUUGUUCUAUAUGAAAUAAUAGUGAAUUUCCUAACAAAAAGAGAACACAAAUAAAGUAAGUCAAAGUA